GUAGCGCAUACUCACAUUCUUCCGGAGAUGGCUGGUGAUCAACUUCAAGUGCUUCACGCACUUGAUCUCGCAAAAACACAAUGGUAUCACUUCACCGCGAUUGUAAUUGCGGGAAUGGGUUUCUUUACAGAUGCAUAUGAUCUUUUUUGCAUCUCUCUCGUCACUAAAUUGCUCGGUCGGAUAUACUACUACAAGGGGAAAAACACACCCGGGGUGUUGCCUGCGAACGUGGCAGCAGCGGUUAACAGUGUGGCAUUUGUCGGGACCCUUUCGGGCCAGCUCUUUUUCGGGUGGCUCGGGGACAAAAUGGGAAGGAAAAAGGUGUAUGGUAUGACGCUUAUGAUCAUGGUGAUUUGUUCGAUAGCUUCCGGGCUUUCGUUCAGUACGGACCCAACGUCAAUUAUGACUACCCUUUGCUUCUUUCGGUUCUGGUUAGGGUUCGGGAUUGGCGGUGACUACCCGCUUUCCGCCACCAUCAUGUCUGAAUAUGCAAAUAAAAAGACCCGUGGCGCGUUUAUUGCAGCGGUUUUCGCGAUGCAAGGUUUCGGGAUAUUAGGCGGGGGGAUUUUCGCCCUUAUAGUGGCGUCGUCGUUUAAAGCUGCGUUUGAUGUUCCUCCUGCUUACGAACUGUUAAAAGAUACGACCCCACAUCAGGCCGAUUACAUUUGGAGGAUUAUUUUGAUGUUUGGCGCAAUUCCUGCGGCUUUGACUUACUAUUGGCGAAUGAAGAUGCCAGAAACCGCUAGAUAUACGGCUUUAGUAGCUAAGAACGCUGAAAAGGCGGCAAAAGAUAUGGCUCAGGUUUUGCAAGUUGAUAUUGAAGCUGAGCAAGGAAAGGUUAACGAACUUACCGAAAAGGAGAAAAACUCAUUCGGUUUGUUCUCAAAAGAGUUCCUUCGACGCCACGGGCUUCACUUGCUAGGGACCUCAACCACUUGGUUCUUACUUGAUAUCGCAUUUUACAGUCAAAAUCUAUUCCAAAAAGACGUUUUCGCUGCAAUCCAGUGGAUUCCCAAAGCGUAUACUAUGAGCGCGAUGGAGGAGGUUGUCAAGAUUGCGAGAGCUCAAACCCUGAUCGCGCUUUGUAGUACGGUUCCUGGGUAUUGGUUUACCGUUGCGCUAAUCGACAAAAUGGGAAGAUUUAAAAUCCAACUGAUGGGUUUUACGAUGAUGACAAUCUUUAUGUUCGCACUAGCAAUCCCAUAUAAUCAUUGGAAAAACGACGAUAACAAAUACGGGUUUGUUGUGUUGUACUCACUAACUUUCUUCUUCGCCAACUUCGGCCCGAACUCCACCACAUUUAUCGUGCCAGCCGAGAUUUUCCCAGCAAGGUUGCGGUCCACUUGUCACGGGAUAUCCGCAGCAUCUGGGAAGCUCGGGGCAAUAGUUGGUGCUUUCGGGUUCUUAUAUCUGUCGCAGAGCCCAUCAAAUCCAGAAGAAGGGUAUGGUAAAGGAAUCGGUGUGAAGCACACGCUUACUAUUUUGGCUGUUGUUAACCUUUUAGGCGCUCUAUUCACCCUUUUGGUACCCGAAGCUAAAGGGAAAUCACUUGAGGAGAUGUCGGGUGAGAAUGAGGACAAUGACGAUGAUGCAGUGACGCUUGAAGAUAGAUCUAAGGUUACCGCGGAUGAAUCUAAAUCAACAGCCUAAUAUCUCUUUGCAUACUUAUUUGUUUUGUGUUUAAUCUGUACUCUAAAUCCUAAUAAGUGUCUUGUAUUUUCUUUAAGAAUCAUCUUCAAAGAGCAAUAUGGAGACAUACAAGUUUCAAGGUGAUCAUGAUCAUUCAUUUCUUUAUGUAAAAACAUACCCUAGAUUGGAUUAGAAUAGAGGUGUAAAUUUAUGAUA